AAAAUGUCGCACAAGGGCAAGGGCAAGAAGUCCGCCAAGUCUGGCAGCGCCGAGAGCAAGAGCGAGGAUGUUCUCCAGGCUGUUUGUCUUCUCCCACUCGCCAACACCCCUCUCAUCGAAUACACCCUCGAGUUCCUGGCUAUGAAUGGCGUCAACGAGGUAUACAUCUACUGUGGUGCUCAUACCGACCAAGUCGAAGACUACAUCAGCCGCUCCAGAUGGUCGACCGGCGCCCGAACAUGCCCCUUCUCCGUCCUUCAAUUCGUCAGAGUCUCGGAUGCGCGAUCAGUUGGUGACGUCCUCCGUGAUAUGGACAAGCGAUCACUUGUCGACGGCGAUUUUAUCCUAGUCAACGGAGAUCUAGUCUCGAACAUUAUGCUUGACAGUGCCCUCGCAGCGCACCGCAAGCGAAGAGAAACCAGUGCGGCCAAUAUCAUGACCAUGGUGUUGCGAAGCGGAGGACUGGAUGACCAUCGAACAAAGACUCACGGAAUCACACCCAUUUUUGUGGUUGACACCAAGACGAACCGAUGUCUUCACUACGACGAAAUGAACCCCCUGACGAGUGACCGGUAUAUGGCCCUUGAUCCGGCUGUUGUGGAUGAGCUGUCGACUGAAUUCGAGAUCCGAGCCGACCUCAUUGAUGCACAGAUCGAUAUCUGCACCCCCGAAGUUCUCGCCCUCUGGUCGGAAAGCUUCGACUACGAACUUCCUCGAAAGAACUUCUUGCACGGUGUGCUCAAGGACUGGGAGCUGAACGGCAAGAUGAUUUACACUGAGAUCUUGGAAGAGGGCUACGCUGCGCGGGCGAGCAACCUGCAACUAUACGACGCCAUCAGCCGCGACGUUCUCGACCGGUGGACAUACCCAUUCAUCCCAGAGUGCAACGUCGUUCCCAAGCAGACGUAUCAGCGCCAUAUUAACGGUGUGGUAGCUGAGCACGGUGCUUUCUACGCAAACGACGCUACAGUCUCCAACACAAUCCUUGGCGGAAACAGCACCAUCGGGUCAGGGAGCAAGAUUGUCAACAGUAUCAUUGGCAGAGACUGCAAGAUUGGGGCCAAUGUGGUUUUGGAGGACUGCUUCGUCUGGAACGAUGCUACGAUCGAGGAUGGUGCGAGGAUAUCGCGAUCAGUUGUGGCAGACGCCGCUACCAUCGGAAAGAACGCUUCGAUACCUACUGGCAGCUUGAUUUCCUUUGGUGUCAAGGUCAGCGACGAUAUGAUCUUAUCCAAGAGUGCCACCAUCUCAUGCGUGGACUCUGAGGGCAACCCCGUUACCCCUGACACCACGCUUCUCGGCUCUGGCACCAACGCCGCUCCCUUUACCGACCCCGAAGACGAGGAACUCGACGAUGAGGACCCGGCCCUGCUUCAGAAGUCUCUCCUCUACUCCCUCGCAGAGUUCAACAUUUCCACCUCAUCAGUCUCAACCCUCUCUUCUGAAAUUUCCGAGGACAGCCUCGACCAAGGCCAUCUUUCCAUUGGUACCUCGACCCGAUCGCGGCUCUCAUCAUUCGCUUCAGAUGAGGCUGGCGAGAAGAUGUCUUUCCACAACGAUGCAGUCCACGGUCUGCUCGAUGCUCUCCGAGCCGAGUCUGGCGAUUUCGACUCGGCCAAGCUCGAGUUCAUGGGUCUUCGUCUUGCCAAUGACGCUUCAGAUGCCAUGAUGCGUCGUGCCGUCGCCACUGCCUUUGCCCGUCACGCGGCUGAGCUGCUCACACCCGAGUACGGCGCUCUCGACCCUAACAAGGCCGCUGGGCGAGCUCUUACCGCGCGUCGUGGCGCCAUCACCUUUAUCAAUGAGGUUGGUAUCGGUGGCGAGGAGGAUGACAACCAGGCCGAGCAAGUCGAGUUCAUUCUCGCGCUGCAGAAGGCUCUCGCACACGCACACGGGCCCGACCAAUCCCGGGUUGGCGUCGUACUCGCCGCCCUCCUACAGCAGCUGUACACGGCCGACAUUCUCGAGGAAGAGGGUAUCAUGGGAUGGUGGGGAAAUGAGCGUUCCGAUGACGGCGAGGGUAUGACAGCUCUCAAGGAGAAGUGUCGGGUGCUGGUUGAGUGGUUGGAGAAUGCAGAGGAGGAAGAUGACGAGGAGAGCGAUGAUGAAUAGACGAAUGCUUUUGUAUAUAUCCGUGAGGAUAUAGGAGUUUAAAAGAACAAAGU